AUGAGUGGCUUCGUGCUAGUCUACAGAGAACGCAAGGCCAUCAACGAGAUUGUCUACUCUGAUCUUCCAUCAGCAGAUCAUAUUACCCAAGUUAAAAACGUCGACACUCUUGUCGCUGACGACAAAGACCUGCUGGCUGUUGCCUUGGGAGCCCCAGCUCGACAAGUAAUCCUCCGAGCCGAGGGUAUUGGUCAGCCAAGCGGUUGGAAGGACGGGUACCUCAGCGCCGAGUAUGGCUUCUGCCCACCCGAUUCGAACGAAGCCGCCGGCGCCCUCGCCAACUGUCCCGGCCGUGUCUGGUCCGACCUUUGUGAGAGGAUGCCCGGCUGUGUCUCACGAGGAAGAGUCCGAGAAUCCGUCGCCGCCCUCCCUCUCGUCGAAGGGACCGAAGAAAACGUACCGGACCAGGCACUCUGGGCCGCCAUCGUGGCGCUGGGCAUGCUGUGCUCCAUCUACCGAUACGAGGACAAGAAUGACGGUUAUGACGGCGUCAGUAUCAACUCGAUAUCCACGAAGCCGCGGGUCGAGAUGAGUGACGACCUCGGUCCGGAACUAGUAGGGAUCCCAAGGAGCAUCGGACUGCCCUAUUGGCAAGUUUCCCGUCGCAUGGGACGCGCCAUCCCUCACUUGACCUUCUUCGACCAGGCUUCAUACAACAUCAAAGUGCGAGAUCCGACUUCCAUCCAUCCCUACGUUGGCCGAUUCGACAACACGGAUCUGCGGUGGCCUAUGUUUGGCGAGCGCACCGAGAUUGCCUUUUUGAAGGGAUGCGCCGACACUGCGGCUUCUUUUCAGCACGGUCCUGAUGCCAUCGCCGCUUGUCAGGAACACGUGAUGAACCGCAACAAUGAAGGUCUUCUGAGAGAGAUGAUCAGGCUAAAGGAGAUCCUGGAACGCAUGCCCAACGCCUUUCACUCCAUCUCCACCAAUCCCAGCUCGGGUGACAAUUACGUCUCGGCGGCCGAGUGGGUGCGAUGGGGCAAGUUUUCCGCGCCCCUAUCCAAGAGAUGCCCUGCCGCCUCCGGUCUCCAAUUUCCCCCUUACCUUCUCAUGGACGCUUUUCUCGGUCGGAAGAAAUAUGACUCCUUCCUCGGCAACGAGGGCUUGCAUUUGCGAGCGUGGCUGCCAUCGAACCUCCGAGCAUUCAUCGCUGCCGUCGAGUACCACUACUGUAUCCCAGAGUACGUCAAGGAGUCUGGCGAUCCGCGGCUCAUGGGCGUCCUGGACGGCAUCAUCGAGGCUUAUACGGGCGAGCGCGGGUUCAUGGGCACACAUCGAUACAAGGUGUUUGGCAUUCUCGAGGUGGCGUCCAAGACGGGUCGGACGGAAACCAAUGGCGCCUCGGGGGCUUCCGAUGACUCGGGUAGACCGUGGGAGGAGGUGCACCGCCAGUUCUCGGACGCCAUGAAGGAGCGCCUGGAGCCGUACCGCGGAAACAUCCCAGUCGAACCGCACGAGAUGCGCGGCACCUUUGAGGAAUGUCGGUACAAGUCACGCAUUCUCAGUCGAUCCUUUGUCGACUCAGACGAUGAGCGAUCCAUCGCCAUGGUCACUCUCGACCUGCACAACACAGGAAUCACCUUCCAGCCCGGGGAUCGACUGGCAGUCAUGCCUCUCAACAGCUGGGAAGAGUGCGCCAAGGUCGCCGCAGCCCUCGGCCUGGACACAAUGCUCGAGAGUCCCGUUCUUCUCGACCGCAAGUGGUCUCGCUUCGCGGAGCAUCUCGAGACAAUCUCCAAGCACGGCGUUGCCAGCUCCUUAACCAGGGGGAGGAAGCUCAUGGUGAAGGACAUACUACGCCGAGGCCACCUGGCGCCGCUGACGCAGGAGCUUGUGCUCAAGAUUCACGCCAUGCUGAGAGCUUCUUCCAAUACUUUGCUGCAAGUGUUGACCACCGAUGAAUGGCCGGUCCGGGGCUCGCUCGGGGAUCUUCUUCAGGCUGCCGUCAUGGACACCCCUACGCACAUCUGGGACCAGGCCUUUGACCUUUCCAAUGAUAUCCCCUGGCUGAGCGACCUCAUCCCGGUGGAGAUUCCACGCACCUACUCCAUCUCCAACUAUCCCGAAGAGCUACUGCCCAGCACGGUCGAUCUCACCAUCUCCAGGGCCGAGUACAAGCUCUGCGCCACCUUUGCCGGCAAGUCCGACAUCACACGUUCCGGUGUAAGUAGCGGCUACCUCAACCCGCCCGUGGGCUCUCCGGAAGACUUCGACAGCGACGAAGCCGAUCUGCUGGUUGGAAUUUCCAGACCGAUCGCCUUCCAACUGCCUCUGGACGAAGCCGCCCCCUGCGCAUUCUUCGCCGGCGGCAGCGGUAUCGCUCCCUUCCGCAGCUUCUGGCAGGCUCGUGCCGGCCGUUCGGUUGGCAAGAACAUGCUUUUCCUCGGCGUGCAGAACCGAGAGAAGUUCUGCUACGAGGACGAGCUGCGCCAGUAUGUCAAUGCCGGCUUCAUGGAGGUACACCUCGCCUUCUCUCGCGACAGCCGCGGCCUCGCGUACGAUCCCACCAUGAGGGACCUCAUUGAGCGCCGUACGGAGCCGCGGUACAUUGACACCCUCAUCGCCGAGCAAGGCGCCGGUGUCUGCGACCUGGUCAUGUCCAAGAAACAGGGUGGCCUGGGCGGGUACCUGUACAUCUGCGGCUCGGUGGCCGUCUUCGACUCGGUCAUGAGCGGCCUGCGCAAGGCCAUCUACAACCACCGCACAGCAACCAUGGAAUCCACGGACCUAAUCCUCAACACCGCCUUCGCUGAGCGCCGGAUCAUGCUGGACGUCUUCAUGACCCCGAAGCCGCUCCCCUGCAACCGCCCGACCAUCCCGCUCUCGCAGCUGUCCGUCCACACCGGUCAUAGACCGGGAGGGAGGAUGUGGAUCGCCGUCCACGGCAGCGUUUACGACGUGACCGACUUCUCUCCCAUGCACCCGGGAGGCACCCUGAUCCUCAAGUCAAACGCCGGUGUCGACUGCACCAAGUCUUUUGACAACUUGGCGCACACGAACAACCCAGAGGUCGCCAGCCUGCUCACCAAGUACUUUGUCGGCCAUCUGACGCCGAAGCCGGACUAUCAUGGCUGCGAGGAGCUCAGCGGCCUCUACGACAUGUGGUCGGCGUACAUGAGAACCACGGUCGAGACGCUCGUCGCGCAGCAGUUCGAGAUGGACGACAUCCUAGGCUCGUCCAAGCUCUGGUUCCAGGGCAGCCUGAUCAACAUGCUCGGCGUGCGCAUCUUCUACCAGUAUCAGUCGCGCCUGCUUCAAGGCGGCUUCUCUGCCCUCUUCGGCCCAAAGUUCCAGGAGCUCGUGCUGAAGCUCUCCUUCACCAUGGCCAACGCCGCCUCGGUCGGCUCCGACGUCAAACUCCCCGAUAUCCUCGGCAUCAUCGCCCGCGCCAAGACGUCGACCGACGCCGUCGCAACGUCCAAGGAGGUCUCCCGCGUCGGCCAGUUCAUCUGCGACAGCGAGCCGGCGCGGUUCAUGGAGCGCGGCAUCAUGGACUACGCCAACAAGUCUGUACAGCUCGACAUUGAGCUCCUCGAGGACAUUCGCGAGGAGGCGUGCCACGGCAUGGACGCCUUCGACACGGUCAUGACCCUCGACGCUUCGUCCAACGCCCAGCGCGUCACGGCCCUCUGCCAGUUCCUCAUGCAGAUCCUUGAGCGCAUGGCCAAGCGUCUCGAGGUCUUCUACUCCAAGCUCGCGCAGUGCUCCAUCUACCAGCCCGAGAUUGAGCGGAACCCGGCCCGCACGCGCUGGGACCUCGUGAGGCGACGGGUCCGGGAUGGGUCCCUCUUCGUCCUCACGCAGAGCACCGUGAUUGGCGGCGCGCCAUCGUAUAAGCCCGCCGCGCAGGAAACCGUGGUGUUUGACAACGUCCUCUCGCAGAUCCAGCAGACGAUCCGCAACGCGCCGCAAGUGCCUGGUCCGGCAGCGCAGCAGAGCAUGCAGCUCAACGAGCGACACCGCGCGAGGACCGAGGCGCCCAUCAACGGCGCCUCGGCGUUUGAGUCGUAUCAGAACAGCAACGCGUUGAACCGCAUGUCGACCUUUAUCGACAAGAACAUGCGGGCCAUCCGGCGCCUGAGCAAGAUGCCCCCGAUGCCGCUCAACACGAGCUUCGAGCAGAUGGUCGCGUCGAACCAGCCGCACUUCCACGCCAACGGCGUCACCACGCCGCCGUCUAGUCGGGGAUCCAGUCGAUCACCUACAAGAGGCCGCCUCCCGGCGACCAACGCACUGCACAUUCAAAACUUGCCUCGCCCACGUACGCCGUCGUUGGCCGAGGAGUCCAUGAAUCGUAUCGCCCUCAACAGACGCGGCACAGCAGGCUCCGACGGCUCGCGGUCCAUCUCAUCCUUCUCCCAAUAUCGGCACCAGGGGACAAUGAUGCACCACCGCGGGAUGUCGCACCAGUUCCCGCCGACGCCCGUCGCGACGCCGCCGCCGCCGGACCCGAACACGGCGAUCCAGUCCAUGGUGAGCCGCUUCAACCUCAAGUCCAGAAGCGCCGCGGCAUCGUCGCCGGCGUCGCCGGCGCCGUCGCUGGACGACAAGAGCCGGAUGGCGCGCAUGUCGGCGCAGGUGGCGGCCGGGCCGAUGCACAACCCGCGCAGCCGGUCGACAAGCACGCUGAGGUCGUUCAAGUUGAGGGAGCUUGUGGCGAGCCAGGAGCCGGCGAGGAUUGCGCCAACGUUCUGA